AUGGCAAUAUUUAGUCGUGUGAGAUCAAAGUUAUCUGCGACUCAACCAGCAGGCGAUCCUCACGAGUGGAAGGCCAAGGAGUACUCCUCCUCCGCGUCUACAGAUAGGGUAACUACGAUCCCGAGCAUCGCACAGUUAAGGAACGCUUUCAUUCCUGGUGCUACGUACAGCUCUCCGAAAGAGGCUUUCAAUUACCCAGACUCUAGUCAUGCUGCAGUGCACCUAUGCCUGUUGGAAUGCUUUCGAAAUCUCCGACUGAACGCCAUACGACUUGAUCUACAAUCAUACAAGCUACCCUCGUAUAGCGAAAGUCAUGCAUCGGGCCCCGAGGCCGAACUACACGAUGAACGACUCCCAGACUCAGUCCACUGGGACGUGCUCGUACAGCUAGCAGCCACGCGGUUUACGACCUGGUGGAGCAAUAUCGAGAGUGUGCUUCAACAUGCUGCCAUGUACGUGAUUCGUGAUGGUAUCCGGAGCGGAGUGCAAUUAAGUGCCAACUAUCUACCACCACUCGACGUGCUCAUGGUCUGGUAUGCGCUCAUGCUUGACCACGGAGAAUACAGUCGAGCCUGUCACAAAGCCGCAAACACAGCUCUGACGAACUUGUGCUUCCCGUGGCCAGCCAUACGCGAUGUCAUUGAUCGCGAGAGCAUGCGAUACGUGCUCCCUCAGGCGGCUCAAAACCUCUUCAAAACCAUCUCGGACCAAGAAGCUGAUAUUCUGAACUACCUGGACACACCGCCUGCCUACAGCGAGAGUGUGGUCUCGCCAUUCAACGUUGAUCUAGUCACUCAGGUCCAUCUUCAACAGCCUUUCGUCGACGACUCACACGACUUCCUCUGGAUUCGAUCGCCUGGGCUCCGGGGCUCUCUGGCUCGAUCGUCACUCGCUUAUCUCCAAGCGCAAAGUUUGGGUUGUCUUGACGAUAUCGCAUAUGAGAACCUGCCCUAUGGCGUGAAUUUGAUGUGGAGGACUCACAGACUAUUCCCUGCGCGCUAUUCUGCUUCCCGGAACAUCGAUUUCCAGAGCCCGAUUCCGUUCACGGCAGAUCUGAAGACAACGCGAUCAAGCGAGACCUCUACAUCCUCGACUUCAGGCUCGAUCUCUAGGACGCAAUCAAUCGACCUCGAUGUUUGCAUCUGCUGGACCUGCGAACGGUUGCGUGAUUAUGCCUUGGCAUGGGUGUACGACCGAUCAACAAAAGCCUUCGAUCUCACAGCGCUCCAGUCUAUGAGUGCUGAGAACAUCCGACAAGUCCAGGACGACGUCGGCUUCUAUCGCACGGUGGAAAGCAGUCGUCGCGCAGGGCUGCCUUUGCCAACAAGGCCGCCUACUUCAACCGAGAAGGAAGCAGAAAGAUUAGAGGCGAAGAAGGGGAAAGAUGCUGGCGUUCUGCCUGGCAUUGGCGAGUACAUUGAGAUUCUUCCUAACGGCAAGACGAAGAUUCGUGUCACGUCCCUGGUCUUCAGUCUUCUUCCCAUACAACUUGCAUUCUUAUUGCACGAGACUAUCAUAUCAGAUACAUCCACGCCGAUCACUGAUCAAUCACUUCCAAUGGCGUCCGGAUGGGGAGCCGCUCACGUUGCUAAUCAGGAGCUCAUGCAAAGUCUUCGGCAGCGAGGGCUGCAAACUUCGUACAGGGGUCGCGACUUCUCUGCGUGGACGAAAGACGAGCUCCGGGCCCAUGUGCAUCGGCUCGGCGGGAGGAUGAGUCGCAAUAAGACAAAGCUUGCCACCGCCGAGGAACUGCUCAGACUUAGCGACAGUACUGAAGGUCCCACCGUGAACAACGACCGGAACAACUCUGUUGCUCCCGGUCCCGGGGACCUCACCUUACCUUUCGCUGGUGAGGAAGAAAGCCACCCAUCGACUUCUGACGGCUUAGGUGGACAUGAUACUACUCCGAGAAUGUGUCAAGUCUGCGAUGAAGAACGGGCAGCCGGCGAGUUCCCAGCAAUCACUGAUGAUGCCAAUUGCGCCCACGCCCAGAUGUCAACAUGCAAGAGCUGUAUGCAGCGACAUAUCACAUCAGAAUCCACUUCCCGAGCUUUGGAUGAGAUUACUUGUCCAGAACCAAACUGCCGCGCACUUCUAAGCUUCGGCCAAAUGCAGGAGUAUGCUUCGGCAGAAGUCUUCGAAAGAUACGACUCAGUGCUUUGUCAGAACGCUUUGAGCGGAACCGAAGACUACUGCAAAUGCUCCAAUCCGGUCUGCGAUGGUGGUGGCUUCUUCGGCCCCCAAGAUUCUUUCAUCACUUGUGUCUGCGGUGCGCAGACCUGUGUCACCUGCCACACGGCUGGACACCCCGGCCUAACGCACGACGAGAGCAAGGACAGGACCCGGGAAGCUGAAGAAGAGGAGCAGAAGCGUAUAGAGUCCCUCAACGAAGCGCAAAGCGCGAUGUAUGUGACGUCCAACACUAAAGCAUGUCCCAAAUGCGCCGCGCCGAUCGAGAGGAGUGCUGGGUGCGAUCAUAUGACCUGCAGAUCGAAGAAUGGACCAACGGUGAACUUUGCAACCACGAGUUCUGCUACAUUCGUCUCGCUGACCAUCAAGAGGUUGUUCGUCAAGGCAAUCAUCGUCAUCGGGAGACUUGCAGGAAUUACCGUCCCCUUAGGGUGA